AUGCUGCACACCAGCGGCCUUUACAUCGCCAGUAGCGUUGACUCCCUGCAGCACGUCCUGGGGGAGUAUGGACUGGUGAGGCCUGUGAGUGUGGAUGCAGAAGGCCGCUUCCUGUCACAUGCCGUAUCAGCGGAGCACCUGACUGGAGGGCAGCCUCGUAGGCGCUGGAGGAGGGAGGUACAAGCAGGCAAUGAUGAGUGGGAAGGACCAGACUCAGAGGACAACCAGGAGUCCGCCGCACAGCAGGAAAAUCUUUACUACAAUGUCACCGUCUUCGGCCGGGAGUUCCACCUGCGCUUGCGCCACAACGCCAGGCUGGUGGCCCCCGGAGCCAAGAUGGAGUGGCACGAUGACAGCGACAGCAUUCGGCACACAGAGGCUCUGCACGACCAGUGCCUGUACGUGGGGGACGUCCCAGACACGCCCGGCGCCACAGUGGCCAUCAGCAACUGUGAUGGACUGGUCAAAGCUGUAAAAGUGUCGGGCUCAUGCGGAGACCGGCCUGCAGUCUGUGGCCAUGUAGGUGUGAGGUCAGGUGCUUUUGGAUUUGGUUUUUUUGGGAUCUGUGCGCAGGAAUGUGCCGAGUCAGCAGCCUCUCUCUUUCUGCACACGCACAGCCUCACGUUCUGUGGCCAGCAGCGGCAGCAGGAAGCCACAGAGAGCUCACCUAAUGAUGGUAUUAAAAGAGUCAAAGAAAAUGACAGAGAAAGAGGAAGAACGUGGCAGACAGCUUUUGGCUUCAACACCCGCAGACUCCGAGACAGCAGAGACAUGCUCCUUUAG